AAUUUAACAAACACGGAACACGGAACUUUCACAAAGUCUUCGCCUUUCCCUCCUCUUGAUAUUAAUAUUUGUUGAACAGGCAAAUCUUCAAACCCUCGCAGAUCUCGCUAUUAAUUUUACCAACGAAUUUAGUUUUUCGGGGAUACUCUUUUGUGUUCCGAUUGGAAUUUGCAUUGGGAAGGAAAACCAGGGCGUUUAGGGCGAUUUCAAGAUCUGCAAAAUUCGAUUUACCAGGAGAUUUUAUUUGUUGGGGUUUGUAGUACAUCAAAUCGGUGACACUGGGGUGCGGCCGCAGAGAAUAUUAACAAUUUAUGUGAAUUAGAGAUAUUACAAUUUCUUUUCCCCCCUUUUUAGAAGUUUAUUCAAUGGUUGAUUGCCGGGGCUUGAUAGAGUUCUGCAAGGCUUUUGAGCAGCACAGGAAUAUGGCCAAUUCAAUGACCUUAACCGAGCAGGUGGCUUACCACCGACAAAAUAAUCACAACAACCGCAAUAGGAAACAACAGAAUAAUUUGGGUACCAGUGGGUUGAAUCUCAGCCAUGCUCUCUGCGAGCAAUCCUCCACGGCCGUGGUGGAUAUUGUGAUUCUGCUCCUGGUUCUCGGUGCAUGUGGUUUUCUUUUCACGCCAUAUUUCAAAUACGUGUGCCGUGAGGCUGCUGAGAUUCUACCGGCCACUUUUCUGCUGAUCGGCGAGGUGAUCUAUAAUGCACCUAUUGCGUAUGCAUCUGGAGCAAUCUUAAUGUUUCUUUUGGUCAUUGGGGCGUGGGAGAUUUAUCAGUAUAAAUCCAGGAAGUGUGAAAAUCCUCAUUGCAGGGGGCUGAGAAAAGCGGUGGAAUUCGAUAUUCAGCUGGAGUCAGAGGAGUGUGUAAAGGCCUUGCUGUCAUCGCCUGAGGAUUCGGUGGGAAGUGGACCGCUAGAAUUGGGGCAAGAUCACAAGGAAUUGGAGGCAGAACUCAGACGGAUGGCUCCUCCAAACGGGCGGGCUGUACUGAUUUUCAGAGCGCCCUGUGGGUGUCCUGCAGGUCGCAUGGAAGUCUGGGGGCCUAAAAAGCUCCGAAAAUCUAAAAAGUAAUAUACAUUAAGGGAAAGCUGAGUCAGAAUGACAAAGGGAAAGGUUGCCUCUGGUACUAAUUUGUAACUUUAAUCUUGUGCUGAUCCAUUAAAAAUUUGAAGACAGAAGCAUUGGUCAACGAGGUUCCUAUGUGCUAGCCAAAUCUGAAAAAUGAGAUCCUAUGUGUUAUUCAAUCUGAAGAAUCAUCUGGCAGAUAGAUUUUACUUGAUUAGGAAAUAUGUCUUUAAAGGACAGAUUUAUGUCUGAGGACAUGAUAUCUUGAUUGGGGGUGAUAUGGAAAAUCCGAAUUUGCAUAACCAAAAAACAUUUUGAUUCUAUUGUAAUGGCCUUUGAAUUGGGAAGAAUAUCAAAAUAACUACCAGAUCAAUAAGAUAUAUGUCCCUAGUCCAGUUUAUCUAUUACUGGGACUGUUUUGCAAUGGAAGGUAUGAUUUGUUUCAGGACAAUUACAAAUAAAUCAUCUCUCUGAUUCAUCAAUAUACGAGUGUUGGUGGCUAAUCAGAAUUUUUGGUCUUGAGCUGGGUGAGGUUCAGAGAUCAAACACACGUUACAUGGUUAUUGUUAUUGGUCACCCAAGUUAGGUCUCAUCUGCAGGAGUUCUUGAACAGGAAUGCAUACUGUUCACUGUCAGCAGGUGAUCCUGACAACCUAGGGAUUUCACCUAAUCAAAAGAGGCAUCACCCGGCUCUGGAACUCAGAAAAUAUCUAAGUUCGGGACACAGAUGAUGCAGAGGAAGGCAGUUUUCCAGAUUCAUUGACAAAACCUUUCUGUCUAAAGAGAAACAAUGAAGUUGCUUUUGCUCUGAGGAAUGGGAUUGAAUGGAUGAGUAUUCAGAUUAUUGCCAAGGUUACUUGCACUUUGUCAUUUUCUCUGCAGCUUUCUCUACAUACUAUAGUUAAACUGUUAAAUAUACUGAGAGGUCGGUUACGGCUGGCUCCCUUUAAAUAAAUGACUGCAGAAGUUAAACAUUACAUCAAGUGGAAACUCUGUUUCUUCUCCGUUUUGGAGAAUCAUUAAUGAUAAUAUAGAACAUUUUAAAUUUC